AUGUUACUGCCACGUUUAUUAGCAUCUUUUGCCACCAUCAACUUGAUUCAAGCUUAUUACAUUCCAGCAAAUGGAGAAGAUUGGACAAAGUAUAAACCAACUUGUGAUUACUUACCAGGAAGUUUUACCAGUUUGCCAUUCAAAUUUGGAAUUGUUGUGAAUCCCUACACUGUCACUAACGAAGGGGAGUUGUUGGAACCAGAGGUGAAAUCUAUUGAGAGAAGUAUCACCACCAGUUUUGUUACAUCUGUUAUUACUCCAGCUCCAAAGGAAACCAAAACUAAAGACAUUAUUGUUCAAAUCACUGAUGGUCAAGUUCAGAAAGUGAAUGAAGAGUUGUGUGAUCCUGAGGAGAAGAAAAAAUUGGGUUUGGAUAAUGAUCACCAUGAUGGUUACUUCAGUGACAAGGAUGGAGAUAAACAUGGAAAUGGUUACUACAAUGCGGACAAGCAUAGCAAUGAUGAUUACCGUGAAAAGGAUGAAAAAUUUGGUGGUCGCAAACAUUUUGAUGAUGACAAGCUCAACAAAGAUAAGCAUUUUGAUGACGGAGAUUUUGAAACUGUCUUGUCAAAGAGAGACGAGUUGGAUGAUGAAGCUGCUCAUGAUAUUGGAGGUGAUAUCAAGGACAAGCCCUUUGACGAGCAUUUCAAACAUUACAAAGGCAAACAUGGAUUAAAAGGUGAUGAUUAUGAUUUGGACAACAAUCAUUGGGAGAAGGAUAGUGGCCACUACAACGAACAUGAGAGGUCAAAAGAGCACGAAAGCCAUGAAGGAUCCUAUGCUGAACAUAGGGAUUUCAAAGAACGUGGCCGUCAUAACCAUAAAGAUCACAAGGGUCAUAAAGAACAUGGAGAUGACUUCUUCAAUGACAAUGAUUUUACUUCACCAGUGUACUCCGUCGCUUGCUACACUAAUGCCACAUUACGUAUGUCAUUACAUGAUUCCAUUUUACGUGAUUCAGAUGACAGAAUUGGAUGUAUUGUUUCUGGUCACCAAUUCCAAUUUGAUGGUCCUACUCCCCAACAUGGUGCCGUUUUUGCCGCAGGUUGGUCAGUUACUAAAGAUGGUCAAUUGGCUUUAGGAAAUUCAACUAAGUUCUAUCAAUGUGCUUCUGGUCAUUUUUACAACUUGUAUGAUCAAUCCAUUGGUUUUCAAUGUCAUCCAGUCACUUUGGACGUGGUUGAAUUGAUUGACUGUUGA